AAUAUGAAGAUUCAAAAUCUCUGUCUUCUUUCUCUGUUCGUAGCUAUAUGCACCUCUCACUACACAUCCGCCGCUAGAUUCAACUUCAACAACUUCGAUGGCUCGAAACUAGUCUUCCUCCGAGACGCAGAGCUCGGCCCCACAGUCGACGGCACGAGCCUCUCCGGAGCUCUCUCAAUGACCCGCGACGACAUCCCUUUCUCUUACGGACAAGCCCUUUACACAGAUCAUAUCCCUUUCAAGCCUUCUAAUGCUUCUUCUUCUCUUUACUCUUUCCAAACCUCUUUCACCUUCUCUAUCUCUCCUCGCCGCAAUACAAACCCUAACCCUGGUCACGGCCUAGCCUUCGUCAUCGUCCCCGCCGUAGACAGCGACGUCGUCGCCGGAAAAGGCUUCCUCGGUUUUCUAAACCGAACCAACAACGGAAGUCCCAGUAACCACGUUUUCGCUGUCGAGUUCGACGUUUUCCAAGACAAAGACCUUGGAGACAUUAACGAUAACCAUGUUGGUAUAGACAUUAACUCGGUUAAAUCGACGGUUUCUGAGAAAGCCGGUUAUUGGGUUCAGACUAGAACCGGGAGUGGUAAGAAAGGUUGGGAAUUUAAUGAGAUCAAAUUGAGUAGUGGAGAUAAAUACAAGGCUUGGAUCGAGUUUAACAACGUCACAAAAUCGAUAUCCGUGACGAUUGUACCGGCGAAUCUUAGCAAACCGAAGAAGCCGUUGAUUGAAACCCAAAUCGAUCUCUCUACGGUUCUUUUCGAUAAAAUGUUCACCGGUUUUGCCGGUUCAAUGGGACGUGAAGUUGAGCGUCACGAUAUAUGGACAUGGAGGUUCGAGAAUAACGCCCCCAAAGAACCUAAACCGGUUCAGUCCGAUUAGGAUUUGUGACACUUGUCUUUACUUUCGAUUUUGUUUCUUGAUUUAAAAGCAUUUGUCU